AUGCGGAAUUAUAACUUUUGGUAUUUGCACGGAGAAGAAGAUAGUGAUGGCGAAGACGGUGAUAAGUUGGUUUAUGAGGAAGAAGUACAUGAGAUGGAUAUGAAAAAAGUUGAUGAUAUGGUUGAUAUGAUUGCAGAUGUCUAUCCCCAUAUAGCAAAUGAAAGAGAACACAAUCCUAAUAACCCUCAAGAGCCAAAUGAAGAUGCAAAAAAAAUUUUCAAAUUAUUGGAUGAUGCUAAACAACCUUUAUUUCCUGGUUGUGACAAGUAUUCUAUCUUAUCCUUUGUGGUGAAAUUAAUGCAUAUCAAGUGUAUGAAUGCUUGGAGUAAUAAUUCAUUUAACAUGUUGUUGACAUUGUUGAAGGAUGCAUUUCCUAUGUGUAAAACAAUGCCAAAUUCAAACUAUGAAGCAAAGAAAAUGGUCAGUGAUCUUGCUAAAGAUAUGAGGUGGCAUAGUGAAAAACGCAAAAAUGAUAGAGUCCUACGUCAUCCAGCAGAUGCAGAGUCUUGGAGAAAUUUUGACAAUAUUUAUAAUCAUUUUACUUGUGAUCCUCGAAAUGUAAGGCUUGGUUUAGCUACUGAUGGAUUCAAUCCUUUUGGGAAUAUGAAUAUUGCGUACAACAUUUGGCCGGUUAUUUUGUUUCCUUAUAAUCUUCCGCCAUGGAUGUGCAUGAAAGAGUCAUAUUCAUUUGUAACUUUAUUGAUUCCAGGACCUAGAGGCCCAGGAAAUGACAUUGAUGUAUACAUGAGGCCAUUGAUUGAUGAAUUGAAAAUUCUUUGGGAAUCCGGGGUGGAUACUUAUGAUGCUUCAAUGAAAGAGAAUUUUCAAAUGAGGUCAGCACUAAUGUGGACUAUAAAUGAUUUUCCUGCAUAUGGCUAUGUUUCUGGUUGGAGUACUCAAGGAAAGCUCGCUUGUCCUUGCUGUAAUAAUAAGACAUGCCAUUAUCAUUUGCGGAAUGGGGCCAAAACUUGUUACAUGGGGCAUCGUCGAUUUUUACCACUAAAUCAUAAAUGGCGAGAACAAGCAGCACAAUUUGAUGGUACAAAAGAAAGAAGAGCUUCACCAAAACAGCUAAGUGGUGAUGAUGUUCUUAACCAACUUCGUCUUUUGAAGCAAAUGGAGUUUGGGAAAACAGGGAAAAAGCAAAAACUUCUUGGCCAGGGAAUUGAUCAUAAUUGGAAAAAACAUAGUAUUUUUUUCAAUUUACCCUAUUGGCAUAACCAAAUGUUGCGUCAUAACUUGGAUGUGAUGCAUAUUGAAAAAAAUGUAUUUGACAAUAUUAUUGGAACAUUGAUGAAUAUUGAGGGUAAAACAAAAGAUUCAUUGAAGGCUCGUCUAGAUUUACAGGAGAUGGGCAUUCGACAACCACUCCAUCCGAAAGAAGUUAAUGGAAGGAUAUUGCUACCUGCUGCUUGUUAUAUGUUGUCAAAUGAUGAGAAGAGAGCUUUAUGUCAAUGGUUACAACAAAUUAAAUUUCCUGAUGGCUACUCAGCAAAUUUGUCAAGGUGUGUAAAUGUUAAAGAUAACAGAAUAUCUGGAAUGAAAACACAUGAUUGCCAUGUGUUUUUGGAGAGGCUACUGCCAUUAGCUGUACGAGAUCUAUUACCUCGACCAGUUUCUGAUGCUUUGACAGAACUAAGUAUGUUUUUUAAAGCUUUGUGUUCUAAAAUUUUAAGAUCAGAAGAUUUGGAUCGACUUCAAGAACAAAUUGCACGUAUUCUUUGUAAGUUAGAAAAAAUAUUUCCACCAUCUUUCUUUGAUAUUAUGGUACAUUUACCUAUUCAUUUAGCUUGGGAAGCUAAAGUUGGUGGCCCAGUCAACUAUAGAUGGAUGUAUUCUAUUGAAAGAUAUAUGCAUAAACUUAAGGGGUAUGUUCGUAAUAAAUCACGGCCAGAAGGAUCCAUUGCUGAAGGUUACCUAGCUGAUGAGUGUUUGACAUUUUGUUCUUGA